AUGAUGUGGGCGCCAUCCCUAUCUACGGAUAUACCGAGCCCCGGCACCCUGGGAAAGCUGUUUGGUUUCAAGUGCGCCGACAACGGUUGCUACCAGACCCCCAGCAGCAGGGGGAGAGGUUUCUGCCUGAGAGACGGGGUCAAGCCGGAAAACGAAGACUGUAAACCUUCCUCCGGUCAGGCCACGGAGCCCUCGGAACCUGGCGCAUGCUCGGAGCCUGCCGCGGAGACCACCGGGGAGUGCGCGGAGCCGUCGGGCCAGCACCCGGAGCCUUCAACAGCCGUCCCUGCUGCUGGAUCAGCGGCACCUGUCUUAGGAGAGGACAUCAAGUCGGACGAUGCCAUACUACCUUCCUCAGAGCGCCUUUCAUCCGCGGCUGAAAUAGAGCCGGCGUCCGAGCCUCCGGAGCCUGGAGAGCCGCAAGCCCACACCGAUGAGGGAGAGCCCUUGGAGGCUGUGGAGCUGCAAAGCGAAGGAGAGCAGUCGCGGCAGCCUUCGCAGCCUUUGGCCAGCCCUUCGUCGGUACCGGCUUCGGGAGAGGAUACCACCUCACACGGUAUCGUGCCUCAAGAAGAACCCGUUUUGUCUGAGCACGAAGUGGAGCCAUCAGAGCCUUCGGAGGCUGCUGCCGAGCCCGAAGAGCAGCAAGGUGCGGAACAAGAGCAAUCGCGGCAGCCCUCGGUGCCUUUGGCGAGCCCCGCAGCAUCGGUGGCAGAAUACGGCACCGGACUGUGGACGUCGCUGAACCUUUGGAGGAGAGGAUGGCAAGUCGAACGAUGGGGAUUUAUCUACAGACGAAGGCCAGCCGUCGGAGCCGUUGGGGCCUAUGGAGGCGGCGGAAGAGCUGGGAAAUCAGACCGACGAAGAACCUUCUCCGGCCGCGACCCCCCUAGAGCUGCACAACGGCGAAGAAGAGCAAUCACAGCAGAUCCCGCAUCCUCCAGUCAGCCCUGCGGCAGUGCCGGUGUCAGGCAAGCGGCGGAACUUUACGCUCCGGACGGCGUUUUCUGCGGGACGGAGAUCUUCGCCCCCGACGAUCCUCUGUGGGGAUCGGCCUCGGAAGUGGUCCGCAACACGCCCGAGCAGAUCUACGCGUAUUACGACCACUUUGCUCGGCUGCCGGAGCUGAGGGUGGUGGAGUACGCGCACUCGUCGGUUCGCGUUCGCGGCGAAUUCGCCACCCAGGCGGGUACCCACACCUUCGCUUGGCAGGGGGCGGAGGGGGAGACGACGGUUGAGAUGAGGAUGCGCUUCGGCUUCACGUUUCGGAAGGACGACGACGAUCACCACCACCCCGGUCGACCGAGCCGGUGGUCGAUAGUGGAGCACUACUCCUUCGCUCUGCCCACAGCAGCUGCUGUUGCUGCUGCCGCCGCCGCUGCUGCCGGCGCAUCCGCGCCAGCGGAAGAACCAGUAGUAGAACCGACAGAACCAGCAGCAGAACCAGCAGCAGAACCAGCAGAGGAACCCGAACCACCAGCGGAAGAACCCGAACCGCCAGUAGAACCCGAACCGCCAACAGAACCGGCAGAAGAACCAGCCGCAGCCUCAGCACCGGAAGAGUCCAACAGAGACGGCGCGGUUGUCGACGCCGCUGCGCUUCAGGCCACAGCGGACCUCCUCGCGGAGGAGAGAACGAUGCUAGCCCAGCAGAUCCGCGAGCUCCAGCAGCGAGCAGAGAGCGCCGAGUCGCUGGCGGCCGAGCGAGCCGUGCUACGCGCGACGGAGCGCGUUUCGCGAGCGAAAAUCGAUGCCCAGCUCUUGGAACGCGCCAAGAACGCGGAGAUUAUCGCUGCCCAACGAGCCGAGCAGAUCGCCGAGCUGCAGCGAAGCGUCGCGAACGAGAAAUCCCUCGCGGCGGAGCGUGCGCAACACAACGUCGAGCUCGAGCAGUUCGCGCAAAACGCCAAGUCGCUGGCAUCCCAGCUCGCGACGGAGAUGGUGGAGCUGGACCGCCAGGUGGACAACGAGAUAUACAUAUAGGUACAAAAUU